AUGUUCAAUCGGAAGGACCUACCCAGUAUUCAAAACCCUUUCGCUUCUCGACAGGAGCCGCAGCGUCCGUCGCCGCAGGGCUACGCGAACCCCAACCAAGGGCCUCCACGGUAUGAUUACGGCCACGUCCCCAUGCCCGCGGGGCAGAUCCCUGACGGCGAUGUGCCCAUGACUGAUGCAAACUUUCCUUCAAGCGGAUACGGAGCUCCUUCACCACAGAACAUGGGCAGACCGCAGCAACCGAUGCCUGGGCGCAUGCCGUCUGCAGGCGGACAGACUUGGACUCUCAGCCCUACCAAGAGUCCCAACGACAACUAUACCUUUGGUAACCUUGUCGCUGUUUCACCCCAGGACAUUCCCCCGAGUCGCGAUGGCACCGAUGUGCUCCUCCUCAUCAAUGACGUUUUCGUCUUCUCCGCCCGGCCUUUGGACGGCUUCCCGCCUGGAUUGAUGAGCAUGUCGGACCCUCAGCGAACAUGGGCGAACAUCGGACUGAGGGAUGCCAUCAAAGUGCAGUUGUACGAUCCAUUCAGCCAAGGCGGCCAGGCUUAUUUGGGCUCUGCGGACAUUGAAGUCAGCUUCGCAUCGGCAAAGAAGCGAGUGGAGGCACCAUAUGACCAGGAUGAGUUGGCCAAUGCUGUCAUUAGAAAUUUCGAAAACCAACUGCUUGCUCCGGGUCAAAGGGUUUUGAUGGACCACAAGAGCAUUCCUCUACUGUUGCAGGUUAAGACUGUUCAACGGGUUGACCUGACAUCGGAGAAAGGCGAUGCCAAUGCUGGAGAGGUUGAGACCAACCCCACAGCUCGAGGAAUCAUCACACGGCAUACUCAGCUCAACUUCUUCAAAGACUCCCAAACAGGUAUCAACGUCAAGGCCUCUAACCGACGCCCGGCUGCCAAUUCGAUUAUUCAGCCCGGGUUCAAGUUUGAGGAUAUGGGAAUCGGCGGUCUGGACUCCGAGUUUAGCACCAUUUUCCGUCGUGCAUUUGCCUCUCGUAUUUUCCCUCCCGGUCUGGUUGACAAGCUCGGCAUCCAGCACGUCAAGGGUCUUUUGCUUUACGGACCUCCAGGUACUGGAAAAACUUUGAUUGCGCGACAGAUCGGAAAAAUGCUCAAUGCUCGGGAGCCGAAGAUCAUCAACGGACCCGAAGUCCUGAACAAAUAUGUGGGUCAGUCCGAAGAGAAUAUUCGAAAGAUGUUCGCGGAUGCCGAGAAGGAAUACAAGGAGAAGGGUGAUGAAAGUGGCUUGCACAUCAUUAUCUUUGAUGAAUUGGAUGCUGUUUGCAAGCAACGUGGUAGCGGUUCGGGUGGCGGCACUGGUGUCGGUGAUAGUGUUGUUAACCAACUGCUGUCCAAGCUGGACGGUGUUGAUCAGCUUAACAACAUCCUCUUGAUCGGUAUGACCAACCGAAUGGAUAUGAUUGAUGAGGCCUUGCUGCGUCCUGGUCGUCUGGAGGUCCACAUUGAGAUCUCCCUUCCCGACGAGGCUGGUCGACGCCAGAUUCUGAAGAUUCACACUGAAAAGAUGCGCAAGAAUAACGUCCUGGACUCAGACUUCGAUCUUCCUGAGCUUGCAACCGUGACCAAAAACUUUUCUGGUGCUGAGAUUGCUGGUUUGGUCAAGUCUGCCUCGUCAUUUGCUUUCUCUCGCCAUGUCAAGGUUGGCACCAUGGCCAGCAUCAAUGACGAUGUCAUUAAUAUGAAGGUCAAUCAAGCCGAUUUCCGCCAUGCUCUUGACGAAGUGAAGCCUGCUUUCGGUGUCUCGGAGGAAGAGCUUUCCAGCCGCAUUCAGUAUGGUGUUAUCCACUACUCUGAGACCAUCAACGAAAUCUUGCGGGAAGGCGAGCUGUUCGUCAAGCAGGUUGGUCAGGCAGAGGCCACCCCCUUGUUCUCUGUCUUGCUUCAUGGCCCCCCUGGUAGUGGCAAGACGGCCCUCGCUGCACGCAUCGCCAUUGAUUCCGGCUUCCCCUUCAUCAAGCUGAUCAGCCCAGAGGACAUGGUCGGCUUCAGUGAGCCGUCCAAGAUCCAGCAUAUUAGCCGGAUCUUUGACAGCGCCUACAAGUCCAACACCAGUAUUGUCGUCAUCGAUAACAUUGAGCGCAUUAUCGACUGGGUGCCUAUCGGUCCCCGCUUCAGCAACAGCGUUCUGCAAGCCCUUAUGGUCUUCCUCCGGAAGCAGCCUACGCAUGGACGUCGUCUGUUGGUCCUGGCUACAACCACUGAGCGUGCUUUGAUGAAGCAGCUUGAUGUGUACAAUUCCUUCAACUCGGAUAUCAUGGUCCCGAACGUGCAGUCCUUUGGCGAGCUGCGCUAUGUCAUGGAGCAGUCCGGUGCCUUUGAUGCACAGGAAAUUGCCCGUGCUUUGGAGAGCGUUGGUGGCCUGGCAGAUGAUGGCCGUGUCAGCGUGGGUAUUAAGAAGGUGCUCCUGGGCAUUGAAACUGCUAAGCAGGAUGCUGAUAAGGUCGGCCGGUUUGUCCGUGUCAUUAAUCGGGCCAUUGAGGAGCAGUCAUUUGCUUAG